AUGUAUAAGGAUGGAAUGAGGAUGUUGGUGUGGACGGGAAAAUGUCAGGAGCACCUACACGCGCCGACACGUGAAUCGGGAGUUAAAAGACAAAAGUUGCGUGUGUGGGCCAUGCGCUUCACGAACUUUGGAGAAAGGCAACGCCUCUCGCUUGCCUGGUGCCUUACCUUGCCUGCAUAUGAUGCGUUUUUGACCACACUUGUUCAAGCCUCGCAAAUAGAUGAGGCUCUCAAGUUCCUCAAUGUUAUGAAGGGGAAGGCUUGCGUCCCAGGUUUGAAAUUUUUCUCUAAUACUCUUGAUAUGCUUUGUAAGCAGAAUGAUUAUGUGAAUUCUGUCCCAUUGUGGGAUAUAAUGCUGGACAGUGGGGUAGUGCCUAAUUUGAUUAUGUACAAUAGGAUGAUUAGCUUGCUUUGCAACAAGAGUGACAUUGACAAUGCAUUUCGGUUGCUUGAUGAGAUGGUCUUCAAUGGAGCUUUUCCAGAUAUUUUGACUUAUAAUAUGAUUUUUCAUCGUCUGAUAAAAGAUAAAAAGGUUUCCCAAGUAGGCAAGUUCUUCUGUGAGAUGAUCAAGAAUGAAAUGCCCCCCACUUAUCAUGAUUGCGCUGUAGCCAUCACAGUGUUGAUGGAUGGUGAUGAUCCUGAAAUGGCAAUUGAGAUAUGGAACUACAUGCUUGAGAACCAUGUUUUGCCCCUUGAGCUUGAUGAGAGCGCAAACAUGCUUCUCAUAGGCCUUUGUAAUUUGGGUAGGUUAUCGGAGGUGAGGAGGUUUGCAGAAGAUAUGCUUGAUAGAAAAAUUAAAAUAUAUGAAUCAACUAUGUCAAAGUUGAAGACUACCUUUUAUAAGGAGGGUACCAGUGCAAGGGACAGAUUUGAUAGCCUCUCAAGGAGAUGGAGACCUUCCUAGAUAUGAUUCUGUAAAUUCCUUUUUGAUCCAUCUAGUGAAGCUUUCGUUGUGGUAUAUCUGUUACAGUCAUUAAUGGAAAAGCUUUGUUGUGAGCAUAA